CCCGCGCCGGCYGCCGUCGCGCCCCGCCCGCCAUAUUGUGGCCGGCGCAGGCGGAGCGGCGGCCGGCGAUGGUGCUGAGCCCGCAGUGAGCUGCCAGGACCCCGCAGGUGCCGGGGAUGGCCGGGGGACGCCGGGGUCCCAACAGGAGCUCCUACUGCCGGACCCCGCUGUGUGAACCCGGGGCUGCCGGCGCCUCCGCGCACCCCGCGGGCUCCUCGGUCACCGGAGUGCGCUCACGGACCAGGAGUGGCUCGGGCACAGGGCUGUCCAGCCCCCCUCUGGCCGCUCAGACCGUGGUCCCCCUGCGGCACUGCAAGAUCCCCGAGCUGCCCGUGGAGAGGAGCGUCCUGUUCGAGCUGCAGCUCUUCUUCUGCCACCUCGUCGCGCUGUUCGUGCACUACAUCAACAUCUACAAGACCGUGUGGUGGUACCCACCCUCACACCCUCCAUCCCACACAUCCCUGAACUUCCACCUCAUCGACUCCAACGUGCUGAUCGUGACCACCAUCGUCCUGGCGCGGCGGUUCAUCGGUGCUGUGGUCAAGGAGGUAAAGGCAGAGCUGUCCUUGCAGGGCCUUUGUCAAUCUCUGGGCUGUUUUUCACUCCAAACUCCUCCAUCCUUGCCUGGAGAGCUCGAUGAUGUUCCCACCUUCGGGAUGUACAUCCCGUUCCUGCAGCUGAACUGUGACCUGCGCAAGGCCGGGCUGGUGGCACAAGUGGCCACCAUCGGCCCCAGGGACACGGCCGAGGUGCCGGCCCGGGGCAGGGACUACCUGACGGUGCUCAAGGAGACGUGGAAGCAGCACACGAGGCAGAUGUACGGCGUGGAGGCCAUGCCCAGCCACGCCUGCUGCCUGUCGCCGGAGCUCAUCCGCGCCGAGGUGGAGCUCCUCAAGAUGGACUUCAACUGGCGCAUGAAGGAGGUGCUGGUCAGCUCCAUGCUC